AUGUUGGACCUGUACCUCGUCACCUUCAAUGUCGCGCGCAACCUCGUCGACCCUCAGGCAUUGGCGCCGACCUUCUUCCAGGCUCUCCCCAAGGGCUCGCCCGUGCCUGAUGUCGUUGCCAUCUCGCUGCAGGAAAUUGCGCCUAUCGCCUACUCAUUCCUCGGUGGAGCCUACCUGAAGCCCUAUUUCGACCGCGUGACCACGACGGUCCAGCUUGCCGCCGACCUCCACAGCCCGGGCACCGCUGCACUCGACCAUGUGGCUACGCGCAGCCUGGGCAUGACGGCCCUCAUGCUGUUUGCAAAGCCCGCCAUUGUAGAGAGGAUACAGUGGAUACAGUCCGCCGGUGCGGGUGUGGGCUUCUCCAACAUGGGCAACAAAGGCGCCGUCGCCAUGCGCAUCGGCCUGUCGUGUCCCGGCGCCGACGACACGCUUGACCUGACCUUUGCCGCCGCCCAUCUCGCACCAAUGGAGAGAAACGUGGAUGCAAGAAACAAGGACUGGGAGAACCUGGUGCGCAAUCUGGUCUUUGUCAAUGGUGACGAUUCUGCAUACAGCUCGAGCGAAGAACGGCCCCUCCUCCAACCUUCUUCCUCUGACCACGUCCCUGCUGACCACAACGGUCUCUUCACUCCUGGCAACCACGUCUUUUUUUACGGCGACCUGAACUACCGCACUAGCGAUAGCCCACCAGAUGGCGACGCUCACAAGUCGUAUCCUCAACCUACCGAGCCAGAGUCAUCAUCAAGGCAUUUCUCACACAUACUCAAGCAAGACCAACUGAAUAGAGAAAAGGACGCAAAGCGCACGUUGCAUGGCUUUCAAGAGCUGCCCAUCACAUUCCCACCUACAUACAAGUACUCCAUCUCGCAUGGCAAAAAUACAAACACUGCCAAGCGCGCCUUGUCGGGUGAGGGUGAUUCAUGGCAAUGGUCAAAGCACCGAUACCCAUCGUGGUGUGACCGGAUCCUUUUUCUGCGGGCCGGGUCUUCGUCAGAGCUCCAACCGCAAAUCUACACCGCUCUACCUAUACAACCGACAUCGGACCACCGCCCGGUCGCUCUCUCCGUGCGUGUUGAAGAAACGCCCAUCAAAAUGGGCGUCAACGACAUUUUAGCUCGUCCGCCCUUCGAGAUCAACCCGCAAUGGAAGGCCAGACGGGACGCUGCGCGACGAUGGGAGAUUAUUGUCGGCGUCUUGUCCUAUCUGGCAUUGACCAACAAGGGCCGCAUCAUCCUCGUCACCAUGGUAGGAGUGGCGGUAGGCAGUCUGUUCUUAGCCGGGGCAUUGACGAGGUGA